AUGGGCCCCCAAACCGUACGACAAGAGCAACUGCCGCUUAGCAAUUCUCCCCCAUCCAAUUCAGAGCCAGGGGAAAUACUUCCCUGUAAACAUGAUGAUACGCGGUUUCCCCGUCUCAAGCGCCCAUUGUAUAAUAACUGCACACAGCAUAAAGGCCACUUCCAAUCUAAAAAGCGGUCACGUAGCAAUUCACCUGAUGCCAGUUUACUUCGUAUGAAAAACUACAAAUCACAUUCCGCGCCAAAGUCCCCCCCUAUAGGGGUUGUCAGGAGAAGGUCGGGAGAACCGUCCCAAAUAAUUCCUAGCACGUCUUCACUACAAGUAUCCCCGGUCGAGAAUAUCGACACUCGACCACCUACUGUCGAGGAAUUCAUUUCCCGAAGAAAUCCCAAGAUAGCCGCCUGGCUUGAUAUUGACGAUCCGAGACCACCAACUCUAGUAAAAUCUUAUCCGACAUACGCGACCUCAGACUCCAUCACAAUGGACGGUACUCAGACUACAUCCGUUAAACGCAAGGGAUAUGAUUUAAUGAAUGAAAGAUUUCGGUCCCAUACUCUCGGUCUUAAUUCGAUCGAGAUACAAGAAAACUACACUAAGGUUCCAGAGUGGGUUCAGAGGCAGCUGAACGAGAUACAUGCUUGCCCAAUAGAUGAUAUUCCCAGCAAUAUACACGGGAUACAUAGAAGAUAUUCGAAUGUUGCCAUGGAAGGAACAUACGAGGCUGAGUAUGUCGAGGAACUUAUUAAGGCUUUCGACCUCAUGCGUGAAAACUGGAUUGAGGUUAGAAAGACGAAAGCUUCGCGGGAUCACAAUAACCCCCCGGGCCUUACGGCUUCUAAUGAUGGCAAAGAAAUUCGAGAACGUAAAGAACUUGAACAAUUCGGGACAUUGGAACAUGCCGUUUCCGCAGAUAUAGAAGAUCUCGAGGCCUCUCUACCCACGAGUCUGCUUAAGUAUAACAUUAGGGUUCCAUUUCUUUCCGAAAAUUGCUCCUUACAGAAAUGGAGAAGGCCAUUGAUGAUCCCGGUGCCCGAUAUACUUUUCGGGUAUAAAUCUUCACGCAUACCUGAGAUGUCUGAUCUGGACGAAAGAGCAUCGGAUGUAUAUUCUUGCCAAUGUUUCUGGCCUAAUAAUACUAACCUUUGUUUUCCAUACAUGGUCCUAGAAAUAAAAGGCCACAGGGACUCCAUAAUCGAAGCCGAGAACCAAGCGAUUAUUAGUGGCCGGAUAUCCUUAGAUACUACUUGGCCAAUACUCGGAAACCAAGAUAUGGUUUUUCUUAUUAGCACAACUCCAUACCUUGCUCACAUUUCCGUCAUGUGGAGAGAUAUAAGCCAGGCUACGCAACAGCCAUAUUAUAAAGUCAAGUUCCUCACCGGUUUUGCUUUAAUGAAACUCGAAGAAUUUAAAGGGUUUCGAACAUUAUUAUAUCGUAUACAAUAUUGGGCGGAAACGAAUAAGCUACAGCAAAUUCAACAAGGAUUGCGAAAAUGGAAAGAUGAGCGGCAGAAACUAACACAACGUACAUAA